AGAGGGAAGCAAAAGAAAGAAGACAAGAAGAAGAGAUGGAAAAUGGUAAUGGAGAAGGAAAGGGAGAGUUCAUAAACCAAAACAACAACAAUGACUAUUUCCUCGACUCCAUGUCAAUGCUCUCUUCUCUUCCUCCUUGCUGGGACUCUUCUCUUCCCCCUCCUCAUCCUCCUCCUCCUCCUCCCCCACAAUCUCUCCUCCACGCUCUCACCGUCGACGCCUCUUUCCCCGACCAGUUCCAUCACCCUCAGGCAAACAAACUAUCAUCUUUUACAUCAUAUAUAAAACACUAUAUAUAAUCCAAAAGUCUUUCUGAUUCCUGACAUGACAUCUUUUUGUGUUGUAUGUUAAUCACUACAACCUAAAAGUCUUUCUGAUUCCUUACAUGACAUCUUUGUGUGUUGUUGUUUGUUAAUAAUGCAGGAGUCAGGUGGCCCAAGCCAAGAUGGGUUGCAGGUACAAGGAACAGUCUCCACCACGAGCGCACCUGUGGCCCGUCAGAAGCCAAGGGUCCGAGCUAGGAGAGGCCAAGCCACAGAUCCUCACAGCAUUGCUGAGCGGUUGAGAAGGGAACGUAUUGCAGAGAGAAUGAAGUCUCUUCAAGAACUUGUUCCCAACACCAACAAGACAGAUAAAGCGUCAAUGCUGGACGAGAUCAUCGAGUACGUUAGGUUCCUUCAGCUUCAAGUCAAAGUACUAAGCGUGAGCAGAUUAGGAGGUGCGAGGGCAGCUGGUGGUCCAGGCUUCAAUGGUCUCACCUCCGAGGUCAGUUUCCCUUUUUUAGCUAAAGUGGCAUAUCAUAUCUGUAACAUCCCUAUCCCGGGCCUAUUUUUGUUUUAA